UUACGCGUGAGGUCAGCGCGAACAGGAUGCCCACGCGUUUCUUUCGUCUUCUGAAGUUUGCAAGGCCUUGGCCCCACAACCACUCCAGCGUUGAAACGUGAAAGUCAUACUAUAUAUAUAAUCCCACACACAAGCGAGUUACCAACGACAGAGACUCGGAAACGGAUAGCUCAAAGCAGCAGACGCGCAUGGUUCCGGUAACCGGAGCGCCCCUUGAAUCUUGUCACCGAGGGGAGGAGGCUUGACGACAUAUUGGCAAAAAACGGCCUGAAGAUCGCCCCCGAAAUUUCAGUGUUCACAGAGUCCAUCCACAGUCCGGCGACUGCAUAGCGUUGGAGUGGUGUGUGGUGUGCCUGCUACACACGUUGGCCGAGCACAAUGUCGGACGUUCCCAUCGAACGAGCGAUUCCUACCCUCAGAGUAAGCACCGCCGGCAGCGCAGCAAGCUCCAUUCGUGGAGGCGCAUAUACCCCAAGGCGAAGCGACAGCAGCACCCCAGAUCCAUUGCUUUCCGCCUUGAGCUCUGCAGGUGGCUCUCGCUCUGAUUUGUACGAUGACUACACCAUGACGCCCGGGUCCAUGACCCCGCGUUCGAAAGAGCGAUAUGAUCUGAAACGCGCGAAUCUUAUUCGCGAGCUUAACGAGCACGAUCAGAAGAUGGAACACACGUCGCUGGAUUGGAAGUUGCGGAAGGAGAUAUAUUUGAAGAGGCUGAAGAAGGAGGAUGCCCUUUUCGAAAAGAUACGCGCUAGACGGGUCAAGAUCGAACGGGACACGGUGCGGCGGGAGCAGCAGGAUCUUGAACGGAGGGAGAAGGAGGUGCAUUCUGCACGCAAUUCUCGAGCAGCAUCAAGAAUAGGGUCCACUCAACCUUCUAGAUCUGGAUCGAUUCAUGAGCAACCAGGUAUCCUAUCACCAUCGCCGCUAUCAGCCGCACCGCUAACUGCAGGAGUCCAGCGAUCACUUGCUGGUCUGCAGAGGCAUUCGAGGCCCUACCUCGGCGGUGGAAGUUCGAGUCCUCUUUCCCAGUAUGGAAGCAGGACUUUCUUUCACGAGACUGGAAUCAAAGAAUCCGAGCAAGCAGCGGAGGACUUGCGGUCUUUCCAGGACGAGCGGCGAAUGCGGAAAUUGGCGCGUCAGAAAGCGGAGGAGGAGGUGAAACGGAGGCAAGCUGCCAUCGCUGAACAACUUGCGAAAGAGAUUGAGGAGGAGUUUGCUGGAGACCACGCGGAGGACGAUGUGCAACCUUCGAUUGAGGCACCUCACAGAUCGGUAUUACCGAAAGACAACUGGAUGGAGGAAUCCCGUCCAUUGGCAGGCAAGGACAAUCCAACGAAGCUGUCACAGGAACUUCGAGGGAGAGGCUUCCAACCUCAACCGCCUCCGUCGACAGCCCCACGAGAAAGGUCACCGCGGAAGAAAGACAUCCGUGAGCUCGACUCCGAAUGUAGAAACUUGUGCAUGGAGACGGAAAGUUCGGAAACUGAGCUGUCCGCCGGGCAGGCACCGCCAACGCCUUCUCUUCCGCCUACAAACACAGCAGAAGCAUCACAUCCAGAAACUCGAACAGAGUCAGUGCAAGCUGAUAUCUCUCAUAACCUUCAAAAACCACAUCAAGCUGCGAGUGCAUAUCCUGAUGAGGUUUCGCAGCCCAUAAGGAAUGAUCGGGAAACAUAUCCAACCAGGGAGGAAAGUUCCACAUCGUCUCUCAGGUCCUCAAUGGUCGAAAUCCCGCCCGAUGCAGUGAAAGCAGCGGAUGUAUCCCCAUCAAUGAUCUUUGGAAGCACGGAAGAAGUACCUGCACACCUGGAGUCAUCACCUCCAGCAUCGGAUGCACCGCACUCAAUCCUUCCAGAGGAGACGUCACACCUGUCAGACGGAGUACCUCCACUCGAUGCAGACGUAACUGCACUGGAUGCGUCCCCGCUGGGGCUAGAUAAAUUCCCGAGCUUGGAGGUGUUGAGCUCAGUUGGGGCGAUGGAGAUGCCACCACUGAGAACAGGCACGGUACCUGGUCUUACUGCUUUGGAAGCACAUUGGGAAGCGGUGGACUCGGCUCGUACGGAGCGUGAUGAGGGUGCAUCUGCUCGUGAGGGGUUAACGGACAUCUCUCAAACGGAAGGAAGAUCGUCCGAUGAUCAUGUUGACUUUGCGUUGGAUGCUGCCGUUGAGUCUGAACCCCAAAUGAAAGAUACAGACGAUCAGAAGUCACGACCCACGGACCGUGGGGAUAUGACUGAUGCAAGCCGCCGCGAAAGUAUCCCUUCUUCAGAAAGGGUCCCUAAGCCCAUUGAAGGAGUUGCACUGGGGUACCACAGCAGCUCUGAGAUGGAAGUCGAGACAGAUGGCCCUAUGCAAACGGCAGAGACCUUUGCGGAAUCUGAACUCCAGAAAGCAGGGCCUAGUAAUGAACAAGAUGCAUCGGCAAACCCCAUCCAGCCCACAUCUCCCACAGAAGACCGCGAAAAUGCCACUUCUGAGGGAAUCAUCCCCUCCGAGCCAAUCGUGGAGACUGCAAGUCAUGAGCCGCAGGAGCACGCAGGCGAAGAGCUUGCAGAUCGUAGCCCAGAGACUCAGACGGACGAGUUUUCUCAAUCGCCAGGGACGGAGGACUCGAAAACAGUUGAAAGUGAGGCACCCACACCAGCUCUCCCUCCUGCAGAAAGCACAACGAAGACGUCCGUUGCACAUUCUAUCGAAAGAAAUGCUCCAAGACUUACGGUACGUUUGCGGGUCAAAGUACCAAACCGACCGCCCUCGGCAAACCAUCUCAAAAAGCGGGGCACCGAGAAGGGGUCGAUGCCAGGUCAGGUAGGGCAUGUAGAUGUACAACCCAUCCCGCAGAAUGAUACACCCACCACUGCCAUGAGUUUCACAACGCCUCGAUACGAUAUGGGGAAAGAGGACGCAGACGAGCGGACACAUCCCGCUCUCACGGCUGGCGCCAACAACGUCCCACAGAUCGCAGUGAACACUCCGGCCCCGCCAAGCCCUGUUCGGAGCUCAAGUAGGGAAGCGUCUUCACCUAUUUCGCAAAGUGCGACGACUGCGACCUCAGCGACUGCCCCGGAAAUACCGGAACGGAAUAUCAGUAACAACAGCGCGUGGGGUAUUGCAAGCGCAUCGUCUGUGCAGCUCAAGAGGGUAUCGACCCUCCCAGAGACUAUCUCUGCACCCACAUUGUAUCUCGUUAAAGGAAAGCGGAAAAUCUACGUCACGCGUCUUCCGACUGUACGAGCCGACGCGCUGAACCACGGAGACGUGUUCAUUCUGGUUAUGCCGAGGCUGCAGCAAGCCACCAUCGGAGGCGUCCAGGGGACGAUAUACAUGUGGAAAGGCAAAGAUAGCGGAAAGGUCAAGCGGGCGAAAGCCAAGGAGGUGGCGCUGAAGCUGCUGGACAAAGACUGGAUCCGAAAAGCCGAGCUGGUCGAUCUAGAUGAGAACAGCGAUGGCGCGCAGUGGACAGCAUUCUGGGAGGCUUUGGGGUGUGCGAAUGGCGUGGCGCCUGUUGGCAUUUUGGACGCGAAAGAAGGCGGUGAUGACGCAGAACAUGAGAGGUCGAUCGAUGAGCGGACACAUCUAUUUGGAUGGAAUGAGAAUGGCAGCGCGCUGGAAGAGAUACCCGUCAGCAAGCCGCUGUCGUUCAAAUCGAUACAGAGUGGGCAUUGCCACGUGUUGGAUUGCUUCAACGACAUCUACGUGUGGAUUGGCCGAGGAAGCAGAGACGAAGAUGCAUGCAAGAUGCAAGCGUAUGCCCAGUCAUUGACAAAUCAGGCUGGUCGUCCGGCAGACGUCAAGGUCUUCACAGAACGCGAGGCGGUCGAGCGGACGCUGUUCCGCGAGCGCUUCAUCGACUGGCCAGAGAAGGACGUCAGUCUAGAGGUCCGCAAGCAGACGAAUGUGGUCGCCAAGGACAAGUCACGCUACGUGUACGACCGUGGCGGGACGGACGUGAAGAAAAAAGACUCGAUAGAUGUUCUGAGGAUGCUGCUCCCACCGCCACCGCCAGCGAACGAGAAAACACCGCUGGAAGAUGAUCCGGGAGGUCCUGCGAAAGCGCAGUUCGAUCGCGGGCGCCUUGAAAUGAAGGUCUGGGUGGCGAAAAUUGACGACCCUGCACAGAAUGAGUUGCUUUCAUCAGCGGAAGAAGGCGUGUUCUUCUCGGACGAGAGUUACCUCUUGCUGUAUCGGCACAAGACGGGUCGUGAAGGUAACGAGAAGGAAGCUGCGAUUGCGUAUUACUGGAUCGGGAGCGGAUGCAGAAGUACCGAUCAAGGCGCCGUGGCUUAUAUGGCGACCGAUCUCGAGAAGAAAUACAACGCGAAGCUCAUCAGAGCUCCCGAAGGCCAAGAACCUGAGCACCUUCUGUCGAUAUUCCCCACCAUGGUAGUUCGACGCGGGAUACGUUCCGCUGGACACUUAUGGGGCGAGCGCAGCCUUUUCCAUAUUCGAGGUGUCAGCAAGAAGAUCAUAAGAGUGGCGGAGAACGUAUGGGCACCAUCGUCACUCAACUCAGCGGACAGUUUCGUCAUUUUGAGCAAAGACAAGAUUUUCGUAUGGCAUGGGUUGGGCAGCUUCAGUUUCACGAAAGAGUACGCUCGCAAGGUCGCCGAACGCAUCCAAGUCUCACUCCACCUGAAACCCAGCGCCAUAUCGGAAACCCAGGAAGGACAGGAGAACAAAAGCCUCAACAAGGUCCUUCCCGGCGCCGACGCGGCCGUUAAGCAAUCAUCACCAGCGUAUCUCCGCACCGUCAAGUCUUCCUUGGAAGGCAUAUACACUACCCGACUCUUCCGCAUCUCGCAUCUCGUACACGGAAACCCAACCGCCGAGGAAUUUGACCCGUACGUGCCCACCGACCUGCAACAAACGGGACUCUUCAUCAUCGACGCGUUCUUUGAAGUCUUCCUAUGGAUCGGCGCAGAAGCCCGCACCAACUUCCGCGACGUCAAACUUGCAUUAGAGACGGCGCUGGAAUACGCAGAGGUAGCGGGGCAACGGCAGCCGCAGCGGGCGCUCACGGCCGAGAAGGUGUGGGUUGUCGGGCCCGGGUCGGAGCCGGCAGGGUUCAAGGCCGCGUUCUGCGCAUUUGAUGCGUAUAUGGAGGAUGAGGGCCAGCAAGACACAUCUGCCGCUGCCGCGCAGACAAAGGGCGGGUUCUUGAACAAGCUGCGGAGGAAGAAUAAGACCAACGAACUGUGGAAGCGGCCUGCGUCGCCUGAGAAGGGCAAUUCCCCUACAGCGGACGGCGGCGCCGCAACAACGACCGUAGAGUCAGCCUCAGCGUUGUUGCAGCGGUUCAACACCGCGACAUACUCGAUGGAGGUGCUGAAGCAAAAAGACCACCUCCCGUUCGGGGUGGACCCGAUGCGGGUGGAGACGUAUCUGUCGACGCAGGACUUUGUGAAGCAUUUCAAUAUUGAUCGGGACACAUUUAGCUCAUAUCCGGCGUGGAAGCAGACGGACCUUAAGAAGAAAGCAGGGUUGUUCUGAACCACUUGGGACUCUGAUGCGGUCAUUUAGGGGUGUUUCUUGUAUAAUGAUUUUUUUUUGGACGGUUUUGGCACAUAUUCUAAUACAUGUGGCAGCUAAAAGGCCAUAAUAUGAUUGAUAUUGUGGUUGCGGACUAUCUACGAACAA